AAUUGAUCUAGCAUGGAGAAAUACAGCACGAGCCACUUCAGUGAUCUUGAUGAGGGUUUUAACCCAGACAAGUGCAGCAAGGGUCUGAUGACAAACCUCCCCCUGGCAUCCAAGAUCCUGCCUUAUUAUGGAUAUGCAGACCAGUGAAAGGUGCUAAUGACUAAGCUGAGAAGAGACUCGCGUGAGAUAUGGUUGGAGAAUGAACAAAUUUUUCUCCAAGCAUAUCCUGGUAAAGGUUGUUUGAUGAAGUAUAUUCUCAAGAAGAGGGUUCUGACAGUUACAAAUGUUUUCUUAAAAAGUCUUACAAAAAAAGGCUCAGAGGCAUUUCAUGGCUUCAUUCAAAGGGAAGAGUACAAGCUUUAUCAGAUAAUUUUUCAUGUUCGCUUAUUUAGUAAAGGUAUGCUUCAAAAGUUUCUUGAGAUGUUGAGCAAACUUGACUUAGAAAGCCUUACGGUGAAAUCUAUAAUGUUCAAAAAUUUUGGUGUGUUCAAGUCCAAAGGAUCUUUACCCAAGACUAUCAAAACCUUCAAGAGAAUAAUUGCCAAGUUCAACAAAGAGCUGAUCAAUUAUCAGGACAAUGGAAGAGAUUGAUAUCUAGCACCUAGUUUCAUCACUUUCAGUGAUCAGAAAGCCCGGAAUAGCAUAGUUGGCAGACUUGGGAUCUUUCUAGGCACCAGCUUCGUCUGCAUGCCUGAUACUGAUGAUGUUGCAUUCCAGAAACAGUUCUCAGAGGAGAUUAUUGAUGUCAAGAUCCUUACAAAGCUUCUUCGGUAUAUAACUUUUGACCAAAUUUGCCAGAAAUCUCAGAGGUCAAGCUUCUCGCUUAAGAUGUCCCACUGAAGUUCUAUGAAAAUUUGACAUUAUCUCCAAAUAAUCUCUGAAGGAGUAGAAGCAAUACAGAACACUUCGGACUCUGAGUUUCCUCUGAGGUACCUCAAGUUGAUAAUUGGAGGGUCUAACUCUUUGUCAGAGGAAGACUCCCAGUCCUACAUUAUUGAAAAUAUUUAUGAGCUGUCCAGUAUUUGUCAAAAGAAGAAAGUCAGACUUGUUUUAAAUAAUCAGAGUUAUUCAGAUACAACUAAUACCCUUACUGGAGAGUCCUGACAGAUCAAAUUUUGUGGAAAGGAAUUGCAAUUCAAAAAAUUCCGUUGAAAAAUCUCUGCUAAAUUAGUUGUUAGUGAAGAUUAUUGAUCUUCAGAAUUAUAUUUUUCCCAAAUCAGUGGAGAAAUUAUAGCAUCAAAAGUUCUUUAUCAAAUGGGUCCGAGCGAAGAUCCACCUGAGAAAUGAGAUGUCAGCUUUCCUAUAGCCAGUAUUACUCAUGUGCGUGCAUCUCUCCAAGACUUAAAUUUUCAGAUCAUCAAGACCUUCCAAGCAAAAAUAUUUGUAGAGAUAGACCUCUCCUCAGAUAUUUUGCUGAACAAACAAAGUUUACGGAAACUUAGCAAAUUCUGAGAAAAGCCUCAUGCAAGUCUAACUGUCAAAUUAUUUGACUUUAAGAGCGAGGAAGAAGAACAACGUUAUGAGGAUUGUAUGGCAUCCCUUCACAGGUUCGAUAUCGUUGAGAUCAAGAUCAUAGAUGAAACUACACAAGCUAACAAGGCGUUUUAUAAUAACUUUGAAUACCUGCUUGAAGAGCAUAGCAAUCUGAGGAUUCUUGACUUAGAGUACAAACAUACGAGCGACGAUACAAUCAAGCAUCUUCAUAAUCUGUUUACGAUAUUAAAAAAGAUGCACAAUUUAGAAUCCCUCAGAAUAGAUAUCUGUGAUACUUGAGAAGAUAGCAUCGAACAGCUUGUCAAAAGUAUAGCCAGAGACAAGAUCGAUGCUAGUUUCAUCAUCAGAGUUGGCUCACAGGAGUAUUCUGAUAGAUACAGACUGCUAUCGAAACAUUUAUAAAGUUUAAAAUUUCAAUCUU